AAAAUCCAAAUCCAAUAACUUUUCUGAAUUUUUUGAAGUAGGACCUAUGUAUGAUAGAGCAUCACAAUCUAUGUAUGAUGAAAAAGGAACAAAUAACUUUACUAUUUUAUACAUUAUACAAUUAGAUUAUAAAUUACGAUCAUCAUUAGAACAAGCCACAUCACGCGAUAUUAUUCUAAAAAGAAAAUUGAAACUAAAGAGCAGUAAUCGUGAUGAUGAUGAUGAGUUAUAUCUCAGUGAUUACGAAUCACAAUCAUCAUUAGAACAAGCUGCAUCACACGAUAUUAUUCUAAAAAGAAAAUUAAAACUAAAGAGCAGUAAUCGUGACGAUGAUGAUGAGUCAUAUCUCAGUGAUUAUGAAUCACAAUCAUUGUUAGAACAAGCCGCAUCACGCGAUAUUAUUACAGAAAAAAUAUCAAGAUCGAAUAGCAAGAACAAAGGCAAUCUUG